GGCAAGGACCACAUAAACCCUAGUCAAGCUUCUUCUCAGCUCAAAUUCCUUCUUCUCCAGAAAACAACGCAACUCUCUACGCCCAACCCUAAUUCCUCUUCAGUUUUGAUCAAUCUCAUUCGUCAAUUUCUUUUCAAACUGCAAAAAAAAAAACUGGCUUUGUGUUUUGAAAAAGAAAACGAAUUUCAAUCCAUUUUCACUGAACUCUAUCCAAUAAUUUUUGUUUCGGCUUUGAUUUUGGUUUUGGUUUUGGUUUUGAAACUUAUAUAUAUAGUAGCUACUAACAUAUACAUAUAUAAACCCAGUAGAGUUUUCAUUUUUGAUUAUUUACAAUUGAGUAUUCAAAGCCGCCAUGGAUGGGAGUUUCAGACUCGAUUCUGCACUGGAGAAGUUCCUCUCUCGUUGCCCAAAGCUGCGAUCGUUUCCGGUCUUCGAUUGGCUCUCCAAAAAGGGAGACAAGGUUACUGAAGAAGAAGUGGUGAAAGCACUCGUCGACGUGUUUGUGAAUCCUAGCUAUACUGUUCCCCUGGUCGGAUGUUUUCGGCCUAUUGUUGACGAGGUUGUGGUCAAGACUGUGGAGUUGCUCCGGCUGGUGCCCAGUUUGGGGAGGAAUGCCGACAGGGGGGAUGGAAGUCUCGAGGAAGAUAGGGAUUUGAGUGAAGUGUACAGUGUUGUUGAGUUCUACAGUAGAGCUGGGAGGGGAUUGGAUCUUCAUGAGCAUGCUUGUUUCGCCUUCUCUCGCGCCCUUGAUUUGGCUCCUUGUUUGGGGUCUGUGGAAAUUUAUUUCAAAUUUGCUCCACCACCAUUUGAGCGCAUUUUGAGAAGACUGAAAAAUUCUGAUCUGUCUUUUGAGGUUGGAACUAGUGUAUUGUAUGCUGUUCGGAUAUCUUACUGCCUCCUCUUAACGGAACAUAAUAAAUUCUCAAAGUUUUGGGACUUGGACUUGUCUUGUUUCUUGGAUCUUGUUAGCCAUUGUGCUAGUCUUGAUCUGCAAAGUACUUCAGAUAUUGUGGAGGUUAUCACAGACAUAAGAUGGUGUGGGCUGCAGAUUGUGUCACUUAUGCUUAAGCUCAGUGAUGAAACAUUUUCAAAAUUGGGUAUCAGAGAUGAGGAUGCAUUUUCAUGUUUAUUAAGGUGGAAAGAAUUUUGUUGGGAUGUCUCUUUGGAGAAUGCGAACUCGUAUGCUGAUUCAUUCAAUCGAGAUGAAUUGGAUUCACAGAAUGGAAGCAGUGGUUACUGUCAGAGAAGCUGUAUGCUGUCUUCUAGCUUUAAUACUCUGCCUGUUUCUUCACAGUGCUAUGGAACUGAGCCACAAAUUAAGAGACAAAGGAAUGAGAGAUCGGCUGCAUUUUCUUUGACCAAUGAUAUGUCACGUGCAAAUCCAUUUGUCUUGACAUCUGCUGUGAAGAAAAGUUAUGAAAUGAUGCUCUUAGCUGUGAGUCAAAGGUGGCCUAUUCUUCUUUAUGGUCCUACUGGUAGCGGGAAAUCUGCUCUCAUCAGCAAGUUGUCCCAUGACAGUGGCAAUCAAGUUUUAUCAAUUCAUAUGGAUGAUCAAAUUGACGGUAGAACACUCAUCGGCAGCUAUGUCUGUACUGAAAAACCUGGUGAAUUCAGAUGGCAGCCAGGGUCACUUACUCAGGCUGUUUCUAUGGGGUAUUGGGUCGUCUUUGAGGAUAUAGAUAAAGCACCAUCUGAUGUGCAUUCUAUCAUAUCACCCUUACUGGAUGGUGCACGCUUUUUUGCAACAGGGCACGGAGAGGAGAUUAAGGUGGCGGAAAGUUUCAGACUUUUUUCCACAAUUUCAACUUCAAAUCGUGAUGUAUCAUGCAUUGCAGAAGGUGGGAGUUCACUUUCUGCUGUUUGGAGGAAAGUGAUGGUUGCACCUUCAACUAUUGAUGACUUGCAAAUGAUAGUGAAAGUGUGUUAUCCAAGUUUAGAGUCUCUCACUGUCAAGCUCACAGAAACUCUUGGAAGUGUCAACUCUGUCAUAUUACACCAAAUUGGCGGAUAUCAGCAAGCAAACUCCGCUUCUGGUAGUUACCCAAGUAGAUUCUCGUCAAGGGAUCUCCUUAAGUGGUGCAAACGCAUAGAAGGGCUUAAGUUAAGCUUUUAUGGAGAUAAUUUGGAUUGUGAUGCGAGAGUACGCAUCUAUGAGGAGGCUGUAGCCAUAUUCGCUGCUUUUUCAACAUCUGUGAGAAGUCGAUUUACUAUAAUGAAAGAGAUUGCCAGAUUGUGGGAAGUGCCAUCAGAUUAUUCAGAUACCUUGUAUCCUUCUAACAAACACAAACUCCAGGAAUUACUCUUGGAAUUAAGAGUCUCCCUCCGACACUCUCAUAGCACUUUAUGUGGAAAACGGAAAUCUUUUAUAGAUUUAGAUAGGUCCAUUUGUUUGCUCGAGAGACUGGCUUCAUCAAUAAAGUGGAACGAGCCUGUUCUCCUGGUUGGUGAAACUGGGACCGGGAAGACUACCCUUGUUCAGGACCUGGCUGGGAGGCUUGAUCAGAAACUAACAGUUUUGAACUUAAGUCAGCAAAGUGAUGUCACCGACUUAUUAGGGGGAUACAAACCCAUGGAUGAAAGUUUUGUGUACCCUCUACUGUGUAAGGAGUUCGAGCAUCUAUUCAAGAAAUCAUUUGCUGUUAAGAGUAACAAUGAUUUGCUUAUGGAUAUGCAUGUUUGUCUUACCCAAAAAAAUUGGGAAAGGGUUAGAAAAAUCUUUAUAAAGGCUGUUAAUCAUUUCCAGAAGUCUGUGAAAAAAAGGAUGGAGUUGAUAAAAAAACAAACAAUUGAUUCAGUUGAAGAGACAGGAACUGAGUCUCGUAGAAAGCGGAAACGGAUGAAACCUCGGACUGAUGAAGAAAUCAAAGCCUGGGAAAAUUUUAAAUUCAACCUAGAGAAUGUACGUGGAAUGAUAUUUUCAUUUGUAGAAGGAGCGUUUAUCACUGCAAUGAAAAAUGGUGAGUGGGUUUUGCUUGAUGAAGUGAAUUUGGCACCUCCGGAGACCUUGCAGAGGAUUAUGGGUGUUCUGGAAGGAGAGCAUGGGUCACUCUGUUUAGCAGAAAGAGGGGAUAUUAGUUAUAUAGAACGACACCCUAACUUCCGGGUAUUUGCCUGUAUGAAUCCUGCUACUGAUGCUGGCAAGCGGGACUUGCCAUUAUCUUUAAGGAGCAGAUUUACCGAGUAUUUUGUUGAUGAGGUUUUAGAUGAUAAAGACCUGGAACGGUUUGUCGAGGAGACUUUUGGAGACUUAAAACCGAAGGAAGACUUAGUAAAGAAGAUAGUGUGCUUUUAUAAGACAGCGAAGAAACUAUCUGAAGAAAAGCUACAGGAUGGAGCUAAUCAGAAACCGCAAUAUAGUUUAAGGUCUCUUUACCGUGCUUUAAAAUAUGCAGAGGAGGCAGAAAGAUAUUUUGGAUUUGAAAAAGCAAUUUAUGAUGGGUUCUGUAUGUUUUUUCUCACUUUGUUGGAUAGAAGUAGUGCUGUAGCCAUGGAGAAAGUGAUCUUAGAACAUUUGUUGGAGAAGAAGACUCCAAAGAGAGUUUCAUAUGAUCGUUACUUGUCAAAAUGCUACACCGUUGGGGAGAACUCUAAUGAAUUUAAAAAGAAGUACAUCAUAACUGCAAGUGUGGAGGAGCACCUCAGGAAUCUGGCUCGUGCUAUUUGGACAAAAAAUCAGAAGUAUCCUGUUCUCUUGCAGGGUCCUACAUCCAGCGGCAAAACUAGCCUUGUCCGGUAUCUUGCUGCAGUAACAAAUCAUAAUUUUGUACGGAUAAAUAAUCAUGAACACACAGAUUUGCAGGAAUAUCUUGGUUCCUAUGUAGUUGAUAUUUCUGGGAACCUCGUAUUCCAAGAAGGUGUGCUGGUAAAAGCUGUACGAAAUGGCGAUUGGAUUGUCCUGGAUGAGCUUAACUUGGCUCCAUCUGAUGUGCUGGAAGCAUUAAAUCGAUUAUUGGAUGAUAACAGGGAGCUUUUUGUGCCUGAGCUGCAGGAAAGUAUUCUUGCACAUCCCAAUUUUAUGCUUUUUGCCACCCAAAAUCCACCCGGUUUGUAUGGUGGUCGUAAAAUGCUUUCUCGGGCUUUCCGCAAUCGUUUUGUAGAGAUCCAUGUAGAUGAAAUACCUGAUUCCGAGUUGAGCACAAUCUUAGAGAGGCGGCGGCCUGGAAUAUCUCCAAAGAUGGCCAAGAACAUGGUUGCUGUAAUGAAGAAAUUGCAAGAGAAGAGGCAGACAAGCAACAUUUUUGCCGGGAAACAUGGGUUUAUUACUCCACGUGAUCUGUUUCGAUGGGCUGAUCGGUUCAUAGAACUUGGGGCUAAGCCAGAGGAUUUGGUCCGAGAUGGUUAUUAUCUUCUGGCAGAGAGGUUGCGCGAUGAAGGUGAGAAAUGUGUUGUUAAAAUGGUUCUGCAGGAAACCUUCCUUGUUGACCUUGCUGACUUGUAUGGUCAGGAGCAUGUUCCUAACUUGCCUAACUGUCCUGAACUACCCGAGAGCCUCAAUGUUAGUUGGACAAACAGUAUGAGAAGAUUGUACUUUCUUGUGGAGCGUUGCUAUAGAGUGAAGGAGCCAGUACUUCUUGUUGGUGAAACAGGGGCUGGAAAGACCACCGUCUGUCAGUUACUGAGUAUUAUUUUGCAUUCAAAAUUGCACAUUUUGAACUGUCAUCAAUACUCAGAGACCUCAGAUUUUCUUGGGGGGUUUUAUCCUAUUCGAGAUAGAUCAAGACUAAUGUCAGAUUUCAAGGAAGGAAUUGAAGAACUGAUGACUGCAGAAGUUUCUAAACGCUUCCACCUGUACCCUGGUCUCUCUUCAGACAUAGGUCAAGCCUCUUCAGUGCUGUCAUAUCUAGACAAGAUGUUCAGAAAUCACAAAGGCAGUUCUGAUGUCACGAAUGAAGAUAUAAGGACUUUACAAGAGAUGAUGUUCAAGCUCUCAAAGAUGCACCAAGAGUGGAAAAAGCCUUUUACGUGGCAGGAUGGGCCCCUCGUUCAGGCAAUGAAGAAGGGUGAUCUAUUUCUCGUGGAUGAGAUUUCCCUUGCUGAUGAUAGCGUACUUGAAAGGUUGAACAGUGUCUUGGAGCCAGAAAGAACUCUGUCUUUAGCUGAGAGAGGAGGUCCUGAUCUGGAGGAAAUUGUUGCUCAUGAAAAUUUCUUUUUGCUUGCUACAAUGAAUCCUGGUGGUGAUUUUGGCAAGAAGGAACUGUCUCCAGCUCUUCGUAACCGGUUUACAGAGAUUUGGGUGCCCCCGGUAGAUGAUAUAGCUGAGCUCAGAAGUAUUGCAUCAAAGAGGUUGUCCUCCGAGAAGCUCACCUGCAUCCUGGAUCCUAUGUUGAGUUUUUGGAAGUGGUUCAAUGACCUAAAACUAGGGAGGAUGCUUACUGUGAGAGAUCUGCUGUCUUGGGUUGACUUUAUCAAUGUAACUGAAAUCACAUUGGGACUUCAGUACGCAUUCCUUCAUGGUGCGUUCCUUAUUUUGCUUGAUGGACUAAGUUUAGGGAGUGGGAUUUCUAAAAGUAAUGCAGCGGAGCUACGAGAGCAAUGCCUAUCGAAUCUUGUACUGCAGAUGCAGGGCACUGAUAAACAGGCCUACCCAAUGCAAAAUUUUGGUUGGGGUGAUCUUGAAACAGCUAGAAGCGAUUUGGGUAGUAGUGAUACCAUGCAGUGUGACAACAGGUUUGGUGUACAUCCAUUCUUCGUUGAAAAAGGUUCUGAGAAUUGUGAUGCUGAAAAUUUCGAGAUUUUGGCACCAACCACCAGGAGAAAUGCCUUGCGUGUUCUACGAGCUAUGCAGCUUUCGAAACCUGUUCUAUUAGAAGGUAGUCCAGGUGUUGGAAAAACGAGUUUGGUAGUUGCCUUGGGAAAAUUUUCUGGUCACAAAGUUGUGAGGAUAAAUUUAUCUGAGCAGACGGAUAUGAUGGACUUGUUGGGAUCAGAUUUACCAGUUGAAAGUGAUGAAGGAAUGAAGUUUGCCUGGUCAGAUGGAAUCUUACUGCAGGCAUUAAAAGAAGGUUCUUGGGUUUUGCUUGAUGAACUUAAUCUGGCACCGCAGUCUGUAUUGGAGGGUUUGAAUGCUAUUCUGGAUCAUCGAGCUGAGGUCUUCAUACCAGAGUUGGGCUGUACUUUUAAGUGUCCAUCAUCGUUCAGAAUAUUUGCUUGUCAAAAUCCCUCUCAUCAAGGCGGAGGCAGAAAAGGCCUUCCUAAAUCCUUUCUCAACCGUUUCACUAAGGUUUAUGUGGAGGAGUUGGUUGAUGAUGAUUAUCUUUUUAUCUGUAGUUCACUUUAUCCUUCCAUCUGUAGAUCUCUGCUUUCAAAACUUAUUUUAUUCAAUAAACGGAUGUACGAAGAGACCAUGGUGCACCGCAAGUUUGCUCUGGAUGGCUCUCCAUGGGAAUUUAAUCUACGGGAUGUGAUUCGUUCCUGUCAAAUAAUAAAGGAUGCACCCUCAAAGUCCAAAGAUUAUUGCUUUUUGGAUGUUGUCUAUGUUCAAAGGAUGCGUACAGAAUCCGACAGGAGAAAAGUCCUCCAGUUGUACGAGCAGAUUUUUGAGAUAAAGCCAUAUAUAAAUCCUCAUCCACGGGUUCAGCUUAGUUCUCAAUACUUAUAUGUUGGAAAUACUGCUGUAAGGAGGAGUUGUUCUCAGUCAUCUGCACUCCCUAGCAAUGCACUGCAGAUUUUGCCUGUAAUUCGUAAGAGCUUGGAAGCAGUUGCAUGUUGUGUAGAGCAUCAAUGGAUGUGUAUCCUGAUUGGUCCAGCUUCGUCAGGUAAGACCUCGUUGAUUAGGUUACUGGCGCAGCUCACUGGAAACGUGCUAAAUGAAUUACAUCUGUCAUCUGGGACCGACAUCUCUGAAUUGCUUGGAUGCUUUGAGCAAUAUAAUGCCUUUCGGAACUUACGUUCAGUUAUUUCUCAGAUCAAGUUCUGGGUAAACGAGUUUUGCAGCUUGCAAUUGGAGUCGUCAAACGUAUCUAUCAUUAAAGAUAAUUCUAUAUCCAGAUGGUUUGCCUUAUUAUCAAAGUUGGAUGAGGACUCUGUUUCUUGUUUCACGUCUUCUCGUGUGGAGGAGAGAGAGAGAUUUUCAAGCAUUCUCACUCUGUUGGUUAAGAUUAUGAAACACUUAAAUCUGGUCUUGGAGAACAAUGACGUGUCGGUAAGUUGGUCAAGCAAAGAACUCGAUAAGGUCAGGAACACAAUUUUCAAGUUGCAAGAAGGAUAUGAGAGACGCUCAGCGAAGUUUGAAUGGGUAACAGGCAUACUAAUAAAGGCUGUAGAACGAGGGGAGUGGAUUGUCCUAGAGAAUGCAAAUUGUUGUAAUCCUUCGGUACUUGAUAGAAUCAACUCUUUGGUGGAACCCUCUGGAUCCAUAACACUUAAUGAGUGCGGGAUAAUUGAUGGAAGGCCAGUUGUUCUGCAACCACAUUCUAAUUUUCGCGUGUUCCUCACAGUUAACCCAAGGUUUGGUGAAGUCUCCCGAGCAAUGAGGAACAGAGGAGUUGAAAUAUGUGUGAUGCCACCAUAUUGGCUAAUGGAUGAGAAUAUGAGUAGUCGUGGAAGAAUUGAGCUCAAUGAUGUGAAAAGAUUUCUUGUUCUAUCUGGUAUUCCCUAUUCUAAAUUGGUGUGCGCGAUGGCCAAAUCACAUAUAUAUGCUAAGGAUGAAGGAUUACGCCUUAACAUUAGUAUCACAUACCUUGAGCUUUCUCGCUGGGUUCAGUUGUUUCAACAACUUCUCAAAACUGGCAGCCAACCUUUAUGGAGCCUACAAACAAGUUGGGAACAUAUUUAUCUUAGUUCAUUUGGUGACACCGUUGGUGAAAAUGUUAUCAAUCAUGUAAAAGAUACAUAUUUAUCCUUGAGUGACUUAUGUGAAUCUGGCUCAUCUCUGUCUCCAUAUAUGUGUUUGCCUGGAGGAUUGCCGACGUCUAUGACGCCUAGAGAUCUUGUGUGGCACGCAAAAGAAUCUUCUGUGAUGAAUAACUGCAUGUACCUAGAGUACUUGGGGGCUAAGUAUGCAUCAUACAAGUUACAUCUGGCCAGGAAUAGGUGCUCUAGUUACCAGAAUUUACCUUCCUUGAUGGGUAUGAUGAUGGUAAGUGAAACUAUGAUUCCCAAGACUCCCCAGUUAAGUACUUUAACCCCCAGAGAGAAUGCCGAUAUUGACAAGGUAUUGGCAAGGGUUGAGAAAAAGCUAUCAUUUGCUGCCAACUGGGUGUUUGAACAAACUACUGAAAAUGAUCUCAAGCUGUAUCUUCUGUCUUGUAGCUGGUUCCAUUAUUUGUUACAGCCCUUCUGUUACUUCUUUGAUUCUUUGGUGAAGUCAUUCACACUCACCAUGGAGCAUAAGAUUUGGAAAUAUGUGUCAUGUCAUUACCAUUUGGGUACAUCUCUUUUCCAAGUAGAUGUUAAAAAGCAGCUACUGCCGAUGUUAUCUUUUGAAUUAGUUGAUGCACCAGAACCGGAAGAUGAUAUCAAGCUUCUCCAAAACGCCAUGUGUUGUAUUAUGCCGCUGAGGGUUAGUUAUCAUCUGUGGAUGUCUGAGGACAACUACUUGUGUGAAAAACCUAGCUGUUUUAAGGACGUUUUAAAUUCUUUGCGGAAGUUGGAGGAGCAAUUUAUCAAUAAGGUCCUUGAUUUAUCUCUCAUAGAGUCUCCUUGCAAUGCACGUAUUGGGAUGUACACUGACCUUCUUGAAGAUCACAUGUUAUUUUGGGAUGGUCUUGAGUCAUCUGAAUUUGAACUUUCGUUACUAUCCUGGCAUAUGGUACUAAAGCGGGCUAAAAAGUUGAAGAAUAUCUGUCCACAAGAAGUAGAUGACCUGAUGAAGGAGAGCAAGAAUCUGGAAAAGAUCUCGUCUUGGCGAUUUCACUCGGAGAAGUCUUUGCUGUGGAUUCAUGGUGGUCACCCUGCAUUGCCACGCUCUGCUAAAUUAUUUGAAAAGCAACUCCUGAUUUCAGAACUUUGCGAGUCAAUUUGGCCAACAUCGCCCAAAUUACUUGCGCAUGUUACAGUUAAUGAUUCUAUUGGCUUUGUGUCAUCGGAUAUACGUUCACGUGUUUUGGAAGGUGUUUCCAUCACAUCAUGCAUCACUGGAAAAUCUGAUUCUGUUGAGGAUGAUGACCACCUUUUGACGCGGUUGAACGCUAUUUACCAGACGCUCCUGCAAAUGUUUGAAACGAAAAGAAUCAAAUUGAAGGAGAUUUCAUCAUCUAACAAGCUUUUCACCGGUUCAAAUUUAUCUCUGUGUUGUUCUUAUUCAAAUGAGGCACUAGGCCACAGAUCUGGGUAUGAUACUUGGCGGGACACCUCUCCCCUAGUUGACAGCACCAGUUUUGCCCUGGAUAUGAAGCUACUUCUGGAGCUAUCACAUGUUCUUUCAAUUGAUCCCAAAAGAAUGCAGCCAGUUUUAGCCAAAGUUUCUGGCCACCUGAAGUAUGCCUUAGAUUUCUCAUUGGACUACUCAUCAAGACCGCCUCAAGUGUUUUCGCCACAUCAAAAGAUUUUGUGGAUACUGGAUGAGUGGAGUUCAGUGAAUGCAGCAAAUGUAAAAAUGGUCAGUUUUGUGCUUGAACUGUGGUUCAGGUGGCAUCAAUCUUUGUGGAGCUAUCGCCCUCUUUCAGUUGAGAGUUUCUCAAGGACUGAUGAUUAUAAUAUUCGUGUGCCUGAUAUGCUCCUUCUGCCCGUGGUAACCGCAACGGUCUCCGAGAUAGUGCAAAGCAGCACCUCUGCUAUUCAGAAUUAUUAUGCGGGUUCUCUAAAGCUUAGAGUGGCAUCAUCUAAUCUUUGGCACAACUCACUCCCUGGAGCGAACUUACCUGAUUUUCUACUAUCUGCUGCCCACUCGUUGUUCCAGCAGAUUGUAUAUGCGCAUGAAAAAUCUUUCAGUACUCACCAGUUUGCUGAAAUUAAGUCUGUAUUUGAGAAAGGAUACAUUCUUCUGGAGUCUCUUCUUUCAAAGUCGAUACACAAUGGAUUAAAAGAGUUGGUGGAAAACUUUAUUGAGGGAGUGGGAUCCUUGAUUUCGGAAUCAAGUCAUCAUGGGCUCAAAGAGUCUGUGGAUAAGUUUAUCAAGCCACUGCUUUAUAACCUUUAUCUGCCGCAUUGCUUAUCUAAAGAUUUUCACUUCAAUCAUGGGUGUGCUUGGUUGCGGCUUGGAAUAUUACGUUUAAGACUACUGCUUAGCUCUGAUGAUAUGGAUCCUGCCAUGAAAUACUUUUACAAGCAUUCACAGAUAGCAGAAAAAAUUUCUUCACUGAAACUUGAAAUUCAGGUGCGACAAAAAUGUGAUUAUUUAGCUGGACAUAUUGGUGACAGAGAUGAAAAAAGGGUACAGAGAUUGAAAAAGCUUGAAGUGGAUUGCAGAAAGCUGCAGAGAAAGAUCAUCUUCCGCUCCGAUUUUCGGAAAUUUAAGGGGUUAAAACAUGAAUGUGACAAAUUUCUUGAACGUGUCACCUCUGAUUUAUUUUUUCAACAUGUUACAAAUGAGAAUGCUGCCAUAAAUUCACAACAGCUUCUAGAUCAAGGCUCCAACUGGCAGCAAAUGGCAACUGGUUUUAUUGAACAACUGUUAUCAGAGAAGUACAUCGAGUACAGCGACUUUGUUCAACCCAUUCUGGUUGCAUUAUACGAAAUGAAAUUGGGCUUAUCACUGAUUCUUGCAAAUGUACUACAAAAAAGAAUCCUUAAAAGAGUUCCGCUGGACAAUACAAAUAUGAUUUUGGGAUCUAUUUAUUCAUUUAUGAGGUUCCCUAGGGUAGCUACUUCCAAGAUCAUUUCUGUCAACAUAAACAGCGUUUCCAGUGACUUUCCUUCUUUCAAGUUGGAUAUCCCAACAAUCUUUGAUGCUGGCGAUAUAGAACUUCUGGAGAAGUUGCUUACCUCUUCCAGCGACGUUGGGUCUAUUAAUCGACAGGUGUCUGUUACACAACUCAAAGGUGCUCUAUAUCAAAACAUUCUUGUUCGUGUUGCCCAUUUUGUUACCAACGCAAGACUGAUCGAUUGUGAAUCUUUUAAGAUAUUGGAUAAGAUAUUUAGUGAAUCUGCCGAGCAUUGGAUGAGUACAAAGAUUCACAUGAAAGCCAAACAAGACUAUGCUUCUCAGCAAUACAAGUUUAGGGCUCGUGCAUUUAAUCUCGAGAGUAUAAUUGAACUAAAUAUAUCAUCUCUUGAGACGUAUGCUAAUGAAAGAUUUUUGGAAUGGAAGGAUUUUCUUGCUGAAGAGGAUGAAGUCUUGAACGAACAAGGGAAUUCGGAGGAAGAAUUGGACUAUAUGGAGGAUGCUAGUGUGAAACACGUUGUUGACAUUCACAAUCAAUUAUUUGGGACAAGUAAUCUAGUCGAAGCGCCUGGUCAUUAUCACAUCCAAGAUUCGGAUAGAGUUCUUUCAUUCACUGCUUCACAUACACUUGGAGUGGGGAUGCUUAAAGGUUUAGGGUGUGCAUUUCUUUCUAGUGUGGAUGCCCAAUUGGUGCCAGAGAAUUUGUUUCAUAUUUGUUUGGAGCAUGAGCAGAUAUUCAAUUCAUCGAACAAAUCAUCCUUCAGAUACAAUUUUUACAAGGAUCCAAAUACCACAAAGAUGUAUGAAAUGGUGGAAGCACUUACCCCUCUUCAGCAGCGAAUUCGUUCCCUUUUAAAUGAAUAUGAAGAUCAUCCACAGCUUCUGAAAAUAUUGGAUAUAAUUGAAAUGCUUUUGAAUAUUCCAUUCCGCACCUCCUUAGCUAAGACUCUCUCAGGAUUGCAGUUUUUAGUUAGAUGUCUGGAUUCACUACAAGAUGGCUCAAAAUUCUCUUUUGCUGAUCAUGUGAUGGAGCCCAUUUAUGAUCUUGUGAACUCAUGGAGAACGUUGGAGUUGGAGUCAUGGCCAGCAUUGCUUGACGAAGUGCAGGAUCAAUAUGAGAUCAAUGCUGGAAAGUUGUGGUUUCCUCUUUACUCAGUUUUACGAAAGUGUACUUCUCAAGAGGCUGCUGUCCAUAAAUUAUCUACUAUGGAAAGUGUGGAGGAUUUCAUUCGCACAUCCAGCAUUGGUGAAUUUAGAAGAAGACUUCAACUUCUUUUCGCUUUCCUUGGCCAAAUAAAUGCCGGUGUAUGUCUGGAAGUUUACUCAAGUUGUGAUGAAAAAGAAAAUGAGGAAAUUCUGUACAAUGCAUUUGGGUAUUAUGUGCAGUUUUUACCAAAAAUUAUCACACACCUAGAAUCCGUUAGAAGUGUUAUUGGGAAGAAACUCGAAGAUCUUCUCAAGCCAUAUCGCUGGGAGCUUCGGGAGAAUUCUCAGGAGUCCAAGAAUGUUAGUGAGAAGAAACGCGCAGUUCUUCUGUCCCUUGAAACCUCCAAAUCGAAAAGGCAGAAGCUCAAGAAGAUUAUACAGGAGUACACUGUUCUGCUGGAACAACCUGUGGUUGUCUUCCUUGAGCAAGAUGCUGCGAAAGGAAUUGAAACUUUUUCUCAUCAAGGUCAUAGUUCCAUCUUUGAUGAUGUCAGCAAAAAGAUUAAGUUGAUGGAUCCUGCUUUUGAUUGGGAAGUUAUCAAUGAUGAAGACAGGUUUGUGUGGUAUACUGGUUGGAUCGAGAGAGCAGAUUCAGUUCUGCGGAAAUUACAGCGUGGUAUAUUAAUUGAGUUUGGACAUAAAGAUUCUGAAGUUACAGGAAUUUCUAACCAAUGGAGUGCUGUGUGGGAUACACUUCAAAGAAUAAUUAAGAAGGCAAUGGAUUGUUGUGAGCUGUGGAAGGAGGCAAACAAGAGUCAAAAGAAGGGACGGUGUUUUUCUGACCUUCUGAAUCUAUUAAAAAGCAGUGGUUUAUCCAGAGAUGUAUUUAGUGAGGAAGAAGUUAAUUCAUGGUGGUUCGUUGAGCCAUCAUUUGAUGUUCAGCAUUUGCUGCUGACACCAAGUAGACUGCCCCAUCUUUCUGAUACACCUCUUCCAACCAACUUUCAUUGUAAUUUUGUUACGGAAUGGAGGAUGACCAAUGCAUACUAUUUCACAAGUGUAGAAUCUGUUCUUUUCACGCACCAACAGGUUGGUAUACCAGACCCUUAUCUGCAACAAUUCAUCAAGAUACAACAAGAUCAACACCGAGCUGCUAAUAAGUUUGCGGAGAAAUUAAGGCGUUUGAAGGAAUGCAUAAGUACUUUUGAAAAAUGUAUUCAUUUUGAUGAUGAAAAUGGUAGCAAGUGCUCUAUAGGUCAAAAUCAACAUGCCACAUUGGAAUGUGUGUGGCAGCAGAAGCAUCUAUUUGAUAGUCUGUAUGCGAUGACGCAUGAAGAGGUCUUGUUGCUGAAGAUAUUUGAGAAAACCCAUUUAAAGACUUGUCAUACUAUCAAGAAUGAAGUGAAUGAUUUUGUUGCCUCUGUUGAGAAAUUUAUACCAGAGGUCCAAAAGUCUAAGGAAUCCUUAGACAACUAUCUUCUUGGCUCAGAGAGAACAAUUCAGCCUUCUCAAUCAUUCAUUACUUCAAAGCAGAUGGAAAAAAUGGUGAUUCAAAAUUUUGACGUUAUAAGGCAAUUUGAGGCUCAUCUUCUUGCUUGCCAUGACCAAGAUGUGAAAAGCUCUGUCAAAGAUAUUUUGCUCCAUCAUCUUCUGGAAAUAUUUGAGAAGGUGAAAUUGUUGGAAGGUGUAUUUCAUUCGGCGAUGGACAAGGAAAACAAUUCAAUCAGUGAACCUGAUAUGGACGAUUACUAUAAAAUAGAUGCUGUAUAUCAGCAAGCUGUAAGAAGUACAAAUGAACAUAUUGUCGGAGCUAUGCAGAAAUUGGGUUCACCAAGUAAUGGCCUGGUUCAUCCGGACAAGUCUAUGGGGCAAAUUACCUCCUGGGAAAAAGUAUUUGACAUAUUUGUCGAAAAUCUGAGCUUGGACCAAUUAUGUGAUAAGCUUCAAAGAACAAUUUUUACUGCCGAGAAAAUGGUGAAUCACAGGGGUGGUGAGUCUAGCAGUAUACUUGUCCAAGUUGAAGCUGAUUUUAGGCAGAUGCGCCUUUGUUUGGACAUCUUCAUGGAUUUUGGCCAUGCUUUGUUGAAAGAGCUUUUGGCUAUGAGGAAAACUGUAUCUCUAACGACUCAUAUACUCGCGAAUCUUCUAGCUUUAUAUUCAAGGGGACCUGUAGUAUGUCCUGAGGACAAUGUGGAUGAUGCUACUCGUGAUGGUUCUCAAGAACAAAAUGGAACAGGUAUGGGGGAGGGUGUUGGACGGACGGAUGUCAGUGAUCAGAUUACAAAUGAAGACCAGUUGAUUGGACAACCAGAAAAGCAGCCUAGUGACGAAAAAGAUGCCCCAGCUCAAGUCCCAAGUAAAGAUGAUGAAGGGAUUGAGAUGGAUCAUGAUUUUGAUGCUGAGAAAUUUAAUAUGAGUGAGGAAUCUGAAGAAGAUACCGAUCCAAAUGAUGAUGAGGAUGAUGAGCAGUUAGAGACUGAAGUUGGAGAAACUGGGGAAGAUGGGACAGCGGUUGACAAGAAACAUGGGAAUAAGGAUGAAGAUGAAAAUCCCAAUGACGCAGAUGAGAAGUAUGAUCCUGGGAGUUCUGUUGUUGAUAAAGAUGCAAGCUCUAGGGAGCUAAGACCAAAGGGAGAUAAUGAUGCCACUGAUGAACUGGGAGAGCUUAAGGACGAAGUUAAUGAACUGGAGGGUGAAACUGGAAGCCAGGAUGACCCCACGGAGAAUGGUGAUGAGAUGAACCAGGAUAAACAAGCAGAUAUGGAAUCUACAGAAUUAAAUCCUGAUGGUCUUGAUGAUCUUGAUGGGAUGGAUCCAAAUUCUGCAGUAGAUAUGGAGGCGGAUGAUCCUGAAAUGAAAGAUGAGAAUUGUACACAUGAAGAUGAUGAAAAUGCUACACAUGAAGACGACGAGGGAUGUCCAACUGAUGAAACCAUGGCAGAACCAGAUGCAAUGGAUGAAAAAAUAGAUCAAACCUCAGUUAGGGAUGACUCUGGUGGAGAUGUUGAAGAAAAUACUGAGAUGAAUUCUGGCAUGAGCAAAGAUGUGUUCGAACCAGGAUUAUCAGACUCCAUCAGUGGUAAUGUGCCUAAUGCAGAAACUCCGACGCAACUAAAAUUUGACUCAAAUACUUCAGAUGUGGGGAAUGUAGCACCAGAGUCAAACUGGGCAACUAGCAAUGAAGUCAAUAAUGAACUCACUCCAAUCAGAGAUUUACCUUCCAGUAAUACAUCGGAGAUGAAUAUGAUGACUUCUGACUCAUCAAAUAAUGGCAGAAGUGCUGGUGAGCUGCCAAAAGGUCAACAGCCUGAGCAAGAAAGGCCAUCUAUCUUUAAAAGUCAACCAAAUCCUUACCGUAGUAUUGGGGAUGCACUGAAGGAGUGGAAGGAAAGAGUUUCUGUAGAUCUUCAGGAGGGUGAUCCAGAGGCGCAGGAUGAUAUAGAGAAUGAAAACGUGGAGGAGUUUGGAUAUGUUCCUGAGUAUGAAAAGGGGACUGCUCAGGCUUUGGGACCUGCAACGUCAGAGCAGGUUGACAAAAAUGUCACUGGUAACAAGACCAAUGAAGAUGGUAAUUCAGCACACAAAGAUGAGAUUGUUCCUAUGGAGAUUGAGAAGCUACCAACUGAAACAAUCCCUAACAGGAGUUCUGACUCGAUCCGUAAACAUAAGGUAGAGGAUCAGAUUGAUCUUUCUGGUCUAGAGAAACUCCCUGAUGAGGGAUUUCAGCGUAAUCAUGAUAAUGAUGGACCUGAAAGGAUGGUCGAGGAUGUGGUUUCUAUAGAAAAAUCAUAUUUGAUUGAUGACCUACAUCAGCUUUGUAAACUGUCUGUAGAAGAUGAUGACAUGGGGAAAGCACAAGAUCUUGGGGAGGUGUCUGAUGAAGUUAAAACAAAUGCCACUGCUCUCUGGAGUAGAUAUGAGAGGGUCACAACAAGGUUGUCCCAAGAGUUGGCUGAACAAUUGCGUCUGAUCAUGGAACCUACCUUGGCCAGCAAGCUAGAAGGAGAUUAUAAGACUGGGAAACGUAUUAACAUGAAGAAGGUGAUUCCCUACAUAGCAAGUGAGUACCAGAAAGAUAAAAUAUGGUUGAGACGGACCCGCCCUAACAAACGUGAUUAUCAAGUUGUCAUUGCCGUUGAUGAUUCCCGCAGUAUGUCUGAGAGUUGUUGUGGGGAUGUUGCUAUUGAAGCUAUGGUGACAGUGUGUCGUGCAAUGUCACAACUGGAAAUGGGCAACCUUGCUGUUGCAAGCUUCGGAAAGAAAGGCAACAUCAGGUUGCUGCAUGACUUCGAUCAGCCCUUUAAUGGAGACGCUGGAGUAAAGAUGAUCUCUGGUUUCUCUUUCAAGCAAGAGAAUACUAUUCUUGAUGAACCAGUUGUUGAUCUGUUAAAGUUUGUGAACAACAAGUUAGACGCAGCAGUUGCAAGAUCAAGACUCCCGUCUGGAAGGAAUCCACUACAACAGCUUGUUUUGAUUAUUGCAGAUGGUCACUUACAUGAGAAGGAGAGGUUGAAACUUUGUGUUAGGGAUGCAUUGGCGAAGAACCGCAUGAUUGCCUUUGUGCUUGUUGAUAACCCACAAAACCCACAGGAUUCCAUCAUGAAAAUGCUUGAAACAUGUUACGAGGGUGGGGAGGUCAAAAUUAAAAAGUACAUGGAAUCCUUCCCCUUCCCGUACUACAUUGUACUAAGAAGUAUUGAAGCACUGCCUAGGACUCUUGCUGAUCUACUAAGACAGUGGUUUGAGCUCAUGCAGCAGAGAAGGGACUGAAAUACAAGUAAAAGCAAUUAUGAUCCUCAACCAGAAGGAAAACGAAGAUUUUGUAUAGUAGAUCAUGAUACAUGUAGAGUACGGGAAAAUACUAUGCUUGUAUUGGAAACUGUUACAUUUUUAAACUGAUCAU